UCACAAAGUAUGCGCCAGCAUCGAAUGACUCGUGGCACGCGCAGGGAGCGCGCGUCUUGUAUGCGCACGAUCUCGACCGUUAGAAAAUUGCGCCAUUUUUUAGUUGCCGAAUGCGAUUGAAUUGUUUAGCGGAAGGUAGCCGCGUACGGUGGGCGUGCUGAGGACGAUUCAGGUUGUUUGUAACGUGGUGCUACGUGAAAUUAGUAAGCAGGUCUCCGCCUGCGGUCCGCUCGCCGACAACAACAAUAAUUCAUCCACGUGUGCGACUUCGUGACGAUCCGAGCGUCAUCAAAGGGCAAGCGGAAUUGAUCAUCGAUCGAAAUAACGAGCAACGAGAAGGCUCAUCCGUGGCUCGUGUCUGCAGGUUAUAGUCCGAGCUGGAGACGUCGUGACGGUGCAAACCGGAUUGUUUUAGUCGGGAUCGCAAUUAUUCACCACGUCGGACAAAAUGUCGGUGGACACGCUGACCGAUUCCGAGCUGCGGACCAAACUGAUGGAAUACGGCUACCCGGUAGGGCCGGUGACACAGACGACUCGUAAGAUACUCGCUAAAAAACUCAAGAACCUCAUGGAUACCCACGGCGCCGUCGGAUCCCGGCAUUCGUUGGCCGCAAGAUACAGCAGUGACGACACUGACGAUGAUACCAACACGAAUGCCAUCAAAAAGAAGAAGAGUGCAUCAAACUUGCGUCGGCAGACACUGGCAAAUCCUAUGCCGCCACCUUCUUCGAUAACCUCUGACAGUGUAAAUACAACGAAGAAUCUGGUAAAGGAGAAUUUGUCGCCACCUCAUUUGGAAUUUAAGGAUCCAUCAGUAGUAGGAACGACUGUAGGUUAUGAGUGCAGUCCAGCUACUUCCGCGACGCGCACAACUUCGAAAACUGUUCAAAACAGAUUUGUUAGGACACAGAAGUCCUCUACCGUAUCCGACGGCCUGGAUACUGGAUCGGAUUCCGACGUCAUGGAGGAUGCAACAAGCACAUUAGCCGCACGUUCCAAGUACCUAUCAAACACCAACAGACUAUACGAUUCUCAUAGAACACACGAUCGCGGACUGACGUACGAACUCGACCAUACAAAAACCAAACCGGCUCACAUGACGACCAAGGACGCCAAAUAUAACGUAAACCCCAUGAAAUCUAGCAUUACCACGAUGCAAUCUUUGAAGGAUGAUAUUAGCAGGGACAGUGCAAAUCAAAGAGAUCUUCUCGCCAACUACGAGACUCCGUUUUUAUCAGAGUUCACGAGGAGACUCAGUUCACGAUCGCUGAUAAACACAUCGCCAACGCCAUUGUCGAGCUUAAAGAGCCCUACAUUGCGCAAUACACUGUCUGGUUUACCAGAGGUAAAGGAGAAAGACUCGAACGGUCAUUUUUCUUCCUUAAGGACAACGUACUCAACGUCAAAUCCCAGACAAAUACUGUUUAGCACAAGAUACAAUGCAUCGUCGUCCGUCGACAGAGUUCGAGACAUUAUAAGUAGACCGACUUAUAAGCCGUCAGCGACAAGCAACCGAGAGGACGUACGAAACUAUCAGAAUAUCAUAUCGAUGGUCCUCGUGAUAGUGCUCGCUCUAUUCUUCGGAGUUAUCGCAAUAAUAUAUCUGGGACUUGGUGGGAAAACUGAAUCACUACCGUCACUCUCAACGGAUAACAACAUACCGCAAUGUUUUCAACGUACCGAUGGAGCUCCCGAUCUUAGAAAACCUGGAGUAAAUUGUAUAAUGAAGAAAAACAUAGAAUCCGUGUUGCAACUGUUAAGACUUCUACAGCCUCUAUUAACGAGAAAAGCGGUAUCUAAGAUAUGCGAAAAUUCAGACGAGAAAUCGUACUUGACCGACGAGGAUAUUGUGGAAACUUUCAAGAGCGAGAAAGUGAAGAGCCUCGAAGUGAAGGAGGAUCUCCACAGCGCACAAUUUUUAAUCAUUAAGAAUCCUAAAUGGGGUAUCUCACUAAUAGAUAUAAAUGACGAUAACGAAGCGACUGUUGAAGUGUUGGAUACUCUGGAUAAAUUAUUUUACGCUCGUCUAAAUGGAAAAGUCGGAAUGGUAAUCCUAAAUCCCGAGCUGCCGAUGCAAUGCCUUAUUAAGAACAAGCUCUUUACCAUAUUUUCUUCUCUCCUUAUAGUGGCAUUCGGUAUAUUAGCAUCAAUUGGGGCUCAAAAAUUAUUCCUUUGGUAUGUAAAACACAAGAAAUCUACGGAAAGAGAAGUGUUCAAACUUGUUAGUGAAAUUAUAAACAUUAUCGAGACACAUCAUCAAAAUGCGUCCAUUCAACCUGGUGGCACGCAAGAUAGUUUCCUCGCUAUAAAUCACGUACGAGACAAUCUAAUUUUACCGAAAGAUCGUAAGAGAAUGUCCGGUCUUUGGGAAAAAGCAGUAAAAUUUUUGGAUGAGAAUGAAUCGAGAAUUCGAAAAGAAGUGCAACAGGUGGCGGGAGAAGAAUUCUGUGUGUGGCGAUGGUUGCCAAAUAACAGUUUGAGCAAAUCUCCCGUGCAAAGCACGACUUCUUUGAGUAAGAAACCGAAAGUCUGGCAAGGACAAGCGUUCGAAACGAUGGAGGGAUCUGUUAACAGUUUGACAUGUUCACCGACACCUUGCCUAAAAAUCAGACACAUGUUUGAUCCAGAAAUUGAAACCGAAGAUGACUGGGAAACGAAAGUACAAGACGCUAUUUUAGAGAAAUGCGGAGAAGGUGUAAAGAUUCUCCACAUUCGAGUGGACAUUGGUAGCCGUGAGGGUUGUGUCUAUAUGAAAUGCCUGUCACAAGAAGACGCCGGGAAAGCUUACAGGGCAUUACACGGAUGUUGGUUCGAUGGUAAAUUAGUGACUGUAAAGUACCUGAGAUUAGAGCGUUAUCACGAGCGAUUUCCUGACGCCGCUCGUUGUGUAACACCUCUCAAGCCAAGCAACAAUCAACGAUUAUCUAUGCAGGCAAAUUAUUGGCAGUGUCCUGCGGAAUCGAAUUAACAGUGCAUAUUUCUGUUCGGGGAUUCAUCAGAACAUGGUUUUUGCACAUACAACUGUCUGCCGACCGACAUUUACGAAAUCUAUCUAUUUUCUUGCUUCGAGAUAAAAUACUUUCGUGCUGCAGCGCAUAUAUUAUAAGCGGAGAUUGUAACAGUGUGAUAACAUCCAAGGAUUGAAGAAACUUUUUAUAAGCAUUCUUUUUUUAAUUCGCUAACUUGUGUAUCAUAUUCUACUCUAUAUCUUUCAUGAUGAACGAGGAGGGUACGUGUUUUUAAUAGUUGAGUAAUAUAAUAAUAAUUAUAACAAUAACAUUAACAAUAAUAUAAUAAUAAAAUAACAUUAAUAAUAUACUUUUAAAGAGUUGUAAAAUAUUUUAAUGUUUUAUUUUAAUCUGAGUUUAUAGUAAUAGUGUUUUUAGCAAUACACAUGUGCGUAAGCAUAAUGUUAUUGCAUUCUUUAUAGAGUUAUCUGGAAGGAUUACACAAUUGCAUAAAACAUAUGUGCAGAGAAAUUAACUAAUUGUAAUCGGAUAAAUGUGGUAAUAUAUGCAAUCUUUUUUAGGCUCGUGA